AACAUCCACCGUAAAGCCUCCUGCAUGAAAGCUGUUUGGAUAUUUUCCGUUGAGCAAUUCAAACGUUUUCUUGUAUAUUGAAUAAUGUAUUUGCAUUUAAAUGUCCCUAUCCUUACCGAAUGAACUAUUUAAUAUUACUGUAGUUAUUUCUGGAAAACAUUAGGAACAAUUAGUCUCGACCGUGUUCCCUGUGGGACAGAGUUCGAUGACGUACAAAAAGGAUCUCGAAAAGGAAACGUGUGGAUGUUGACUAGUAGGACGUUUGAGUAGUUUAAAUUUCACCUGGAAUUAUAUCAAGUCACAAACAAGAAAACAAGACAAUCUUCUGGAAAAUCAUCUGUAAAUAAUGAAGAAGAAAGUUCGCAGUGGAGAGCCGUCGCCGGGGCAACCGUCAGCUGACUAUGUUGUGGGUCAGGUGUCGGGCAGUUUGUUCAAGGAAAGCAAAGCGGCAGCAGCCGGGUCGCUGUCGGCCCUGUUCAGCUCCCCCUCCCCGGCCGGGUCGGUUCUGUUUCAGCCCGCUCCAAAGAAGCCCGUCCUGACCAGCACGCAAACAGAGGAUGGGAAGAAGGAGAGCUCGACGGUCAAAGGUGAAUCCAACCAGAAAAAGGGCAAGAAGCAACACAAGCAGAAAUCUGUAGCUGACCAGAAGCUGGAGAACAGGGAGAUCAGUUUACAGACGGCAGACGAUGAAGAGCAGGGCCAAGGGGCGUCGGGGAACAAGAGGAAGAGGAAGGCGUCCGAGUCGGCGGCGGAUUUGGGGGCCGAGCACUGGGUGCUGAAGCGCCAGAAGCAGAAGGCCAACAGGAAGGAGGACGCCCUGAAGAGCAACAGAACGGUGUUUGUCGGGAACCUGCCCAUCAGCUGCACUAAGAAGAUGUUGAGGAGUCUCUUCAAGGAGAAGGGAUCCAUUGAAUCCAUCCGCUUCCGCUCUGUGGUCAGAGAGGAUCCCUCCAUGUCUCGCAAGUUAGCCGUCAUCAAACGCAAGAUCCACCCUCAGAGGCAGAAUUUGAACGCCUACGUGGUGUUCAAAGACGAGGACGGAGCCACCAAAGCUCUGGAGAGGAACGGCACCGAGAUAGAGAAAGACUUUCACAUCCGGGUGGACCGAGUGUCUGACAGCUCUUCGGCUCUGGCCACCGGGCCCGGCUUGGGCCACCGGGCCCGGCUUUGGCCACCAGGCCCUGGCUUUGGCCACCAGGCUCUGGCUUUGGCCACCAGGCUCUGGCUUUGGCCACCAGGCCCCGGCUUUGGCCACCAGGCCCUGGCUACCAGGCUCUGGCUUUGGCCACCAGGCUCUGGCUACCAGGCCCCGGCUUUGGCCACCAGGCUCUGGCUACCAGGCUUUGGCUUUGGCCACCAGGCCUCGGCUUUGGCCACCAGGCUCUGGCUUUGGCCACCAGGCUCUGGCUACCAGGCCCUGGCCACUAGGCCCUGGGUUUGGCCACCAGGCCUUGGCUUUGGCCACCAGGCCUUGGCUUUGGCCACCAGGCUCUGGCUUUGGCCACCAGGCUUUAGCUUGACGGCUGCUCUUGUCUUGCAGCACGACCACAAACGCUCCGUCUUCGUGGGGAAUCUGGCGUUCGGUGAGCAGAACUCGGAGGAGCCGUCGCCCCAAUUUCCCGUUUUCCCCAUUUUUGCUCAACAUUUUGGGCAUUUUGUCUCUGCAGAAAUGAGCGAGCUGGCGUUCCGGAAGCACUUCGAGGAGUGCGGCGCGGUGGAGGCGGUCCGGCUGGUGCGGGACCAGACCUCCGGGCUCGGCAAGGGCUUCGGCUACGUCCUGUUUAAGGUGAACAAAGCAAACGUCGAACCCGAAACCCCGAUCGUCCGGCAGCAGAAUAACCAGAAGUCCCCCUCCCGUUUGCAGAAGGCCGACUCUGUCCAGCUGGCCCUGGAGCUGGACGGCUCCAAGCUGGAGGGCCGGUCGGUCCGCGUGAAGAGGUCCGUGAAGAAGGAGAAGCAGAAGAACAAAAGCGACGGCAGGGAACCCAGAAGGAAGCCCGGCAGGGCCCCUCCCCCCGGAAAGGGGGCGGGCCAUAAAAGCGGACCCGGCCGAGGAGGAUUCAAACCCUCCAAACGGUUCCCGGGGAAUCCGAACAGGCCGGCCAAGAGCUCCACGGCCUUCACCGGAGAGAUGGUGGACCCCACCAAAAAGAUCAAAAAGAAAGGACUGAAGAAGAAAGGGAAGGCAAAAAAGACUGUUCACAUUUGA